GUGUUUACGUCCUGGUGUUACAUACUGUUGCUUUCGCUUCCGCCGUAUCGUCCUCGUCAUGCAUUUUCUUUCCUUACAGUUGUGUCAGGUCCAAUCCUCUGGUGAUGUCGUUGUUUCGGUUUCGAUAAUAGAGACUCACAACGGGAAAAUUGGUUGAUUAUCGUAUGCAUAAACUUCCUUAUGUUUCCGUUUCUGCUACCCCCUCCCUUGUGCGUGGUUUAACGAAGGGUCACCAGAUCCGGCUCAGGAAUUUCCGUUAACGUCCCGUUUACGUCUCCGACCAGAUAAUGGAUCCACGGUCCUUCCGUCUGCUGCCGCGCGUCGUCAAUUCCAACCAGACAGCAAACGGCUCGGCAGGACCGUCUCCUAGUCCUAACGCCGUCAAUUUCAACCAGACAGCCGGUGAGCCGUCAGAACCGCCGGCUAACGCCGUCAAUUCUAACCAGGCAACCGACGAAUCGUCUGAAGCGCCACCCGUGGCGGUCGGGUAUCCCGCAGUAUACUGUCGGCCUGCUACGCCAAGCUUCAACCCCCAUGCUCAGGAGACACAGGGGGCGCAUAUCCAAAGGUCGCAAUCGCAGGGAACUCAUAUCCAACGGUCGCAAUCACAGGGCGCGCAGAUGCAGAGAUCAAGCGCUACUAUCCCACCAGGAUCCGGCCCUUCUCAGUCGGUGCCUCCCCAGGCGUUAACUCAACAGUCAUUACUUCCAAAGCCGGUACCUGCAAAGUCGUUACUGCCUAAGCCGUUACCUCCGCAGUCGUUCCCGCCUCAAUCUUUCCCCCCUCAAUCCUUUCCUCCCCAACCUUUUCCUCCUCAGUAUUCUCAUCCCCAAUCAUUUCAUCCUCCAUAUUAUCCGCCUCAAUAUAUUCAGCCUCAGUUUCUUCCCCCUCAAUCCUUUCCUCCCCAGUAUUACCCUCAACAGUCACUUCCUCAUCCAGCCCACUUCUCCCCAACUCCCGUAUCAGCUACAAUAGCUUUUAACCACUCUGCACCGCAUCCGUAUCAAUCCGCCGUCAUGUCACACUUCCCGAACCAAACUCCGAGCCACCCGUAUGGUCUGCAUGCCGAACCUGGUGAACAGCCUCGGGCAUCUGCUCUUGCUCAGCGAAAUUCUUCGUCCCCUGCUCCUAUACUUCCCAACCCCCCUGCUCCUCCGGUCACCUCUUAUCCUCACCCCUCGCCUCAGUCACCUUGGCAAAAUCCGGAUAACUCAUCUGGUUACCAGUUUAAUUUGCAACCUCCUGCGGAUGUUACGCCACAUUCUUUUGCUGGCUCCAGCCUGCAGCCAAUAAAAUCCUCGUCUUCAGGAGCCGCCAUAAGAACAGCACGAGCAGCAGCAGCAGCAGCAGCAGCAUCAGCAGCCGUGGUAUCACCACAUGGUAUACAUGCUGCCGUCGCUGCUGGGCAUGGAAGUGCUCCCGUGUCUCAUUCGCCUGCCACUGCUGCCGUUUCUCAUGCCGCGCCAAGCGCUGCUGCCGUUUCCUAUGCUUCUGGCAUGGCUUCUGGUCCUUAUGCUCCUCCUCCUCCUUCUGCUGCUGCUGCUGCUGACGGCGGUUCCUCGCACGCAGCUUCCCUGUGUCUCGAGGCAUGGCGGGAGCAUGCGCACGAGAGAGGCGAGUAUGCACAUCAGAGGGGUGACUUUGCACAGCAGAGAAGCGAGCAUGCGAAUUCGAGUGGGGAAAAUGGAUACUUUGGGAACGCACCUGGGACGUAUCCUGAGGCGGUUCAUAACGCGUAUCAGUUCCAGCAGAGGAGCAUAGCCGGACGUGCGUUGGAGGCCUCCCCUGGGUCGGUUUCCCGCAGCCACCCUGCUCCGAACUUACCUCGGCCGGUUCUGGCUUGGUCCGGACGAGAUUUGGAUUGGGACGGCGGUUUGGAUCGGCAGGGCGAGCCGAGGGCUCGGAUUGUGCAGGCUUGGGAUUGGGACGACGUGGAAGCGCGGGGGGCAAAGGCGGGGGAGAGAGAGAGGGAGAUUGAGGCUUGGAGGGAGGGGCUAGAGGAAGGACAGGGAGGAGAGGGAGAGGAAAUGCAGGGGGGAGUGUGUGCGAGAACAGCUGCAGUGGGAUGCAGGGGGUUCGCUGCAGCGUCAGCAGCAGCGGAUGCGGCAGCAGUAGCUGGCCCAGCAACGGCAGCAGCAGCAGGAGUGGCAGCGUCAGCAGCAGCAGGAGCGGCGGCUGCUGCAGCAGCAGAAGCAGCGAUCGAGGCUGCAACAGCAAGCAUAGCCGAAGGAGCAGCAGUGGGAGAGAAGAAAAAGAAGAGCCGUGGUAAAAGAGGUGGUGCCUCUAGGCGACAGCAGGCUGUGAAGGCUGAACCGGAAGAGGGGGAGAGUGUUGCUCGUUUGCCUGGCAACUUGUUACCACCUGGUAACAUGUCGUCUGAUAACGGUCGGCCUGGUAACAAUUCGCAUGAAGCGGUAGGGUUUGCUGACAGGGCUGUUGCAGCAAACGGUUUCGGAGGCAGUUUCGGGGGAAGGAGAGUUGUGAGCUAUGGGGAUAUCGAGCCAGAAGCAGGGGAGGAGGCGCCUGGCGUGGCUCGUAACGGUUGGCCUGGUAACAGUUCGCCUGGUAACAGCUGGCGUGCCAACAUUUCGCCUGGUAACGUCUUGGCUGAGCUGGUCCGCUUCCCUGGCAGGCCUGCUGCGGGUAACAACUUCCAGGGAAGGCGAGUCGUGAGCUAUGGUGACGUGGGACCAGAGGAAAGGGAGGAGGCUGGUCUGCCACGUAACAGUCUGCCCAAUAACACUCCGCCCUGGAACAGUUGGCCUGGUAACAGUUCGCCUGGCAACGUCUCGGCUGAACCGGGUCGCUUCCCUUGCAGGGCUGCUGCAGGUAACGGCUUUCAGGGAGGGAGAGUUGUGAGUUAUGGGGAUGUUGGACCAGCGGGAAGGGAGGAGUCUUCUGGCUUGCCUGGUAACAUGUUUCCUGGUGCCAUUUCGCCUGGUAACAGUUUGCCUGGUAACGUGCUUCUUGGUGCCAUUUCGCCUGGUAACAGUUUGCCUGGUAACCUUUUUCCUGGCAUCGCGUUGUCUGGAGCGGUGCAGGAUUUUGGUAGGGCUGCUGGGGAACAGGGCUUGCAGGGACGGGUAUGGGCAGCUGCGACGAGAGAUGAUCGGGAUCCAAUAAUGGGCGGGGGAAGCAGGAUCAAUGCAUUCUUGGGUCCGUCUUCAAUGAACAGUAUGCCCCCUCCGUCUCAUGGUGCUACCCGCGCUGUUGCUGCCGCUUCUGCUGUUGCUGCUGCUGCUGGCGCUGCUGCUGGCGCUGCUGCUGCUGUUGAUGCUGCUGGCAACGCGGUUGGUGCCACAGCUGGUGGCAGCAGGGCACAUGCCGCCGCGCCAUCACAGGCAGGCAUUCCUCUUUCUGCCAGGUUGGACCCUGCGCCCCCACGUCGCCCCACGACCAGUAUCUCUGGUUUUGAGGCGCCUCAUGUACCAUCACAUGCUGCCAGCGUUCCAACAGCUGCUCUCGCAGACCCUGCACCCCCACGUCGCCCCACGACCAGUCUCUCCGCCCUGCUCCGGAGACUGCUGGGAGAUGAAGCGGCUUCUAAAGGGGAUGAAGCGGCUCCAAAGUCGACUCAGCAGUCAGUGGGAGAUAAAGAUGCGUCUGAGUUGACCCGCAAGUCAGUGGCAGGUGAAUCAGCAGUGGCAAGGGCUCAUCUGUCAGGGGCGAAUGUAGCUGCGGCGGAUUCGGCGCACAAGUUAGUGGCAGGUGGAGUGGCUUUUAAGUCAGCUCAGAAGUCGCCGGGAGAUAAAGAGGUGAAAAGUAGGGAGGCAGGGGAGGGAGCGAAUGUGGCUCUUGAGCUGAACAGGAGAAGUGAGGGUGAGGGAAUAACAGGACGGGAGGCGGCGGAUAAGGGAAGAAGGCAGUUGCAAGAGGAGAGGAGAGAAAAGGGUAAGGCGCAAGACGAGGAGAGGGCCCGUGCUGGAGUGGGCCAAGGUCGCCCUGGCGAGGAGAGACCGAAUCAGGCUGGUGAGGAGACGCCUCUUGGGGAUAGGCCGAAGCAGAAGCAAGCUGGAGAGGAGACGCGAGAGGAGAAGAGAUCAAGUGAUAAAGGCCAAGGCGAGGAGAGGGCAAGUGGCCGAUUGGCAGCAGCAGGGGCUGGCAGGGCGACGCAAGCUCAGGCUGCUGAGAAGGCGCUUCUUGGGAAGCAGGCGCAAGACGGGAAGCAUGGGCCACGUGUGCAGCAGGAGCCACGUGGAGCAGGCUCUACUAUGCAGGUUGGCGGCAGCAGAGGGGACAGAGCAGGGAGGAGCGGCAAUGGAAGGGGAAGCGGAGGAGGGGAUAGCAGGGGCAGCAGCAGCAGCAGAAGCAGAAGCAGAAGCAGCAGCAGGAGCAGAAGGAUAAGUAGUAGCCAGAGAAGGAGCAGCAGCCAAUCAAGCGACGGCCACCGAAGAAGCACGAGCAGGGGCGAGAGAGGCAAGAGUGUGAGGAGUGGGGAGAAAAGCGACGGAGACAGCCGAAGUAGUAGCAGCAGCCGCAGCAGCAGGAGCUUGUACAGCAGCAGAAGCAGCAGCAGGAGCAGCAGCAGAGGCAGAAACGACAGCAGAAGCAGCAGUAAAAGCAGCCGAAGCAAAAACAGGAGCAGAAGCCGUGAUAGGAGUAGAAGUGAAGAUAGGAGUAGAAGCAGUGAAAGAAGUAGAAGUAUAAAUAGAAGAAGUAUAAAUAGGACCACAGACAAUGGUAGAAGCCGGAACAACGACAAUAGCAGAAGCAAAGACAGGAGCAGAAGCAAAGACAGGAGCAGAAGCAAAGACAGGGGCAGAAGCAAAGACAGGAGCAGAAGCAAAGACAGGGGCAGAAGCAAAGACAGGAGCAGAAGUCAAGACAGGAGCAGAAGUAAAGACAGGAGCAGAAGCAGUGACAAGAGCAGAAGCAGUGAGAGGAGGAGAAGCAAGAGUGGAGGCAAGAGUAGAAGCGAGAGUAGCAGCAGCGGUACACACAGCAGGGGGAACAGGAGUAGCAGCCAAGGGGGAAGAGACAGGAACGUUAGGAAGAGUGAUGUUAGCAGAAGCGAUGCCAAGAGCGGAAGUAAGAGUAGAAGCGAGAGAGGGAGCAAGAGUGGGAGCGAGAGUAGGAGGGAGAGUGGAAGCGGGAGAGGGAACGAGAGUGGGAGCGAGAGUAGCAGCAGCCAAACACACAGGAGGGGGAGCAGGAGUAUCAGCCAAGGGGAAAGAGGUAGAAACGUUAGGAAGAGUGAUGUCAGCAGAAGCGAUGCCAAGACCAGAAGUACGAGCCGUAGAGAGAGGGGGAGCGAGAGAGGGAGCGAGAGUGGGAGGGAGAGUAGGAGCGGGAGUAGGAGCGAGAGUAGGAGCGAGAGUAGUAGCAGCGGGACACACAGCAGGGGGAACAGGAAUAGCAGCCAAGGGGGAAGGGGUAGGAGCGUUAGGAGGAGUGGUGCCAGAGGAAGAAGAAGCAGGAGCAAGGAGAAAGCUAGUACCAGCCAGAUGGGCAAGAAAAAUAGUACUGGCGACAGCAGUAGAAGCAGUAGCAGUAGCAGCAGGAGCAGGAGGAGGAAGAGCAGUAGAAGCAGCAGUAGUGAGAGCAGGGGUAAGGGUGCGGCUGCUAUAAGUAGCAGGCACAGAAGCAGCAGCAGAAGUAGGAGCACGAGCAGGAGUAGCAGGGGCAGCAGGGGCAGCAGGGGCAGCAGGGGCAGCAGGGGCAGGAAUAGGACAAGCGGGGGCAAGAAUACAGGGAGCAGCAGCAGGAGCAGCAGCAGAAGCAGCAGCAUGGGCGGCAGCAGGAGCAAGAAGGAGCUUACUCUGAGAAGGGGAGAAGCAUUGGAGCUUCCACUUGUCGAGUCGUAUGGCAAGGCUGGACUGGGAGGGGCUUCAGGGGAGGAGAGGGAGGUGGGGAGCAGCAGGAGGGAGGAAAAGGGAGCGAGAAUUCAAGGUGCUGAGGGGAAGGGAAGUGACAAGGCGACUGCUGAAGCUGUUUCUCUGGUGUGUCCUGCUGCUGCUGCCGGUGCCGGUGCCGGUGCCGGUGCCGGUGCCGGUGCUGGUGCUGGUGCUGGUGCUGGUGCUGGUGUUGGUGCUGAUGCUGCUGUUGCUGCUGAUGGUGGUGCUGCUGGUGCUGUUGGUGCUGCUGCUGGUGCUGGUGCUGCUGGUGCUGGUGCUGCUGGUGCUGGUGCUGCUGGUGCUGGCGCUGCUGCUGAUGGUGCUGCUGCUGAUGGUGCUGCUGCUGAUGGUGCAGCUGCUUCGUGCGUUCCUGCUCCCGCCGAUGUUGCUCCGUCUGCUGCCACUUCAGAGCAUCAAUUCGCUACAGGGAUCGCUAACCUGGCUGCCAGGGGCACAGUGGUUGCUGCCACGGGCACAGUGGUUGCUGCCACGGACACACUGGUUGCUAACCCUGCGACCACUGGCGCAGAUGCUUAUGCGUCUCCUGCCUCUACUGCCAAGCAUGCCCCUGGUGCUCCCAGUAUUCAGCCUCAUUCUGACACUUUCGUAGCGCCAGAGUCUUCGCUACAGCCAGAGACUGUGCAGGCUGAAAGGCAAUUGCAGCCCGACAAUCUGCUACAGCCAGAGAGUCUGCCACACCCUGCUUCUUUUGAACCCGUAGAGUCCACAGCUCCCCUGAAGCCAUCAGCUCAGCAGAAGAAGCCUGUCGCCUUUAAGCUCACCUCUUUCAAGAAGGCGGCUGGUAAGGAAGGGGGGAAGAGGGCGGGACUGGCAGGGAGCUGUUUGGAAAAUGCAGGGCUUUCGAAAGGGCUCGAGGGGUUGUUUGACGUGCGCAAACCGCCUCAACCGUCCAAGCCACAACCUGCUGCUGCUGCUGCUGCUGCAGCUGCUGCUAUUGCCGUGGGCGGUGGUGCUGGUGCUGCUGGUAUUGCUGGUGGUGCUGGUGAUGCCAUUGGUGCUGGUGCUAGUGGUGGUGGUGCUGCUGGUGAUGGUGCUGGGGAUGGUGCUGCUGGUGAUGCCACGGGUGGGGCUAAACGAAGAUCCAGGUGGUCCUCUAUCCCCCCUGCUGCCGCUGCUGUGCCUGCCGCCGCUACUGCUGCUGCGAUUGCUGCUGCUGCUUCCGUGACCCCUCCUGCAACCGCUGCUCCUGCUGCCGCCGCUGCCACUGCUGCUGCUGCUGCUGCUACUGUUCCUGAUGCCUUGGGUGCUGCUGCACAGAACAUCGCAAUGGCUCCUGCACUCGACACUUCACCCACAGCUGCGCCCGAGCUAGCACCUGCUGCAGUUGCACCUGUUCCCAUGCAUGAAUCACACCUGGCGUUUGUUCCCCCCUCUGUCAUCCGGAGAACUCAAGGCAAGAGUGCAGAGGUCAAGGGGACCCUGCAAGGGACUAAGCAAGUCACUCAGCAAGGAGCCAAGCAGGUCCAUCCAGCAGCAGACGCUAGCCAGGGCGACGCUGGAGUGGUUGAGGGGGCCAAGCAAAGGACGGCAGCAGCAGAUGUUAGAAGGGGCGAAACUGGAUUGGUUGAGGGGGUCAAGCAAAGGAAGGCAGCAGCAGAUGUUAGCGGGGGCGAAACUGGAUUGGUUGAGGGGGUCAAGCAAGGGACGGCAGCAGCAGACGCUAGCCAGGGCGCCACUGGAGUGGUUGAGGGGGCCGAGCAAGGGACAGCAGCAGCAGAUGUUAGCCGGGGCGAAACUGGAUUGGUUACGGGAGCCACGCAAGGGACAGCAGCAGCACACGCUAACCAGGGAGUUACUGCUGGGGCUGAUGGGACCAACCAAGGGGUGGCAGCAGCAGGUACGGAUCUGGGUGAGACUCGUGUGGUUAAGGGAGUCAAGCAAGGGGCGGCAGCAGUAGAUGCGGAUCAGGGUGGAAUCGGAUUGGUUGAGGGGCCUAACCAUGGGACGGCAGCAGCAGUUACGAGUCAGCACAUAUCUGUAGCAGCAGAGGCGAGUCAACACGGAUCUGUAGCAACAGAGGUGAGUCAACAGAAGUCAGCAAUGGUCAAUGCAGGAGAGGGGAGUCGACACAAGACUAUAACGUUCAGGGGACUCGACUCAAGAUCGUGGCACCAAAGGAAACUGCAGGGGGAAAAGCAUUGGACGGUGGCGAUAAGGGUGGUGAGGGGGGGUGAUGAGGAUUUCGGGUUUGGUGGGAGGCAAGACUUCGAAUCUGGUGGCAGUAUGAAGGCUAAAGUUGGUGGGAAGAAGAUGGGUGGUGGUGAUAGUAGAGAGAGGAUCAUGGCUGGGAACAAGAGAGAUGGUGGUGACAGUAUAGAGAGGGUCAUUGUUGGUAGCAAGAAGGUGGGAGGUGACAGUAUCGAGAGGGUCAUGCACCAAGCGCGGCUGCACGUGAGGCCACGGUCUACCAGAGUCACACGCAGACUGGCUCUUUCACAGUCCCCAGAGGGAGGCUUCCAGGAGCAGCAGCAGGAGCAGCAGGAGCAGGAGGAGCAGGAGGAGCAGGAGGGGCAGGGGCAGGGGCAGCAGGAGCAGCAGGAGCGGGAGGGGGAGCAGGAGCAGAUGCAGGAGCAGCGGUUCUUGGGGAAUCAGGGCAGUGAAUCACCACAGACAUUCCAUUCGUUUGAGUCUCACCUGCUAGAGUCACAGCCGUUAGAGUCGCAAGUUGACGCAGGUGCUUUUAGUGGCUCGCCAGCCCCGUCCCUGCUCCAAGUGCUGGCCGUUGCUGCUGCCGCGAGCCAAAGGGCUGAUGGGGGAAGUGGCAGGGGCAGUGGCAGUAGGCGGAUGGGGGGGGGCAUGUGGGAGGGUGAGGCAGGAUUAGGUGAGGCAGGAACGGGUGAGGCAGAAAACAACGAGGCAGGAAUGAAUAAGGCACCACCAUUGGAGGACUCCUUUGAACCAGAGGUGCUGUCACAGGAGUCCCCCAUGCUGGCAUUGCUCUCCCUGGCGAGCCUAGCUCACACAGCCAGUAGUACCCCCUCCGGGCCUGCAUUCCCUUCCGGACCUACACCUCCUCCGAAGCUUGCUCCCAUUUCGGAAUCCGCACCUCCUGCCAAGCCUGCGCCUGAGCCUGGUCCUCAAUCCGCGCCCGAGCCUGGUCCUCGUCAGUCAUCUCCCGGACGUGUUGCAAGGCGCUCUUUGCUGUUUGCGGAGCCUCGGGGUGAGCAAGAGCAGCAGUCGGCUGAUCAGCAAGCCUUGCACUGCCAGCCAACCUCUGCCUCUGAGACGGAUUCGUCUUUUGCUGCUGAGAAGCACUCGGCUUCUGCUGCUGACAUGCAUUUAGCUUCAGCGCAUGCAGUUGGGGAGCAGCCGCCAGCUUUGGAAGCUGAGCCGCAGCAGUUCGCAAGGGGAGAUAGGGGCGCUUAUAUCUCGGAGGAGGACAGGGGCGCUGGAAGUACAGAGGAGGAGGAGGAAGAGGAGAGGCAGUUUGAAAACCCAUGGGAUAUAAUCCUGGACGUGCAUGCAUCAUCAGGGUCAGACUCCGACAUUGGGGAAGACGCAGAAAAGGGGCCUGGGGGAGUGGUGUCUGGGGUGUUGAAAGGCCUACCUGUGCUGCAGGGCGUGUUCAAGCUGUCGAAAGAAGAGAUUGCGUCUUUUGAGGCGACGCCGAAGAAAGAGGGGGGGGGUGAUGGGAUUGCUGGGAAAGGGGGUGCUGAUGCUGGUGCAGAUGGUGCCGGUGCUAGUGCUGAUGCUGAUGCUGGUGCUGAUGGUGCUGCUGCUGGUGCUGUUGCUGUUGCUGCUGCUGAUGCUGCUGCUGCUGCUGCUGAUGCUGACGCUGAUCCUUGGAGCCUGGAUGUACUGCCAUGUGGAGCUGACGUGGCUGGACCAGCUGGCGUCGUUGCAGGUGUGCCUGACUUGGCAGAAAGUGGACUGGGAGGUCAAGGGAGCGAUUUCACUAGAGGUAGAAGCAAAGAGGGAGGAGAGGCUCAGGGAAGUAGAGGAGUGAAUAUUGGACGGGGUGAUGCUGCUAAAGGAAUUUGGAGGGAUGGAGCAGUGAAAGCAGGUGCAAGGCGGGAAAGUUCUAGUGGCGAGAGUGCGAGUGAGGAGAUUUAUAUUGGGGAAAGCUCUAAGGGUGAUGAUUCAAGCGAAGGAGGUUCCACUAGUGGGGGGGAUUCCCCCAUCAGCAUUGCUAGUGACUCAACUGACACGUCUGCUGAAGCUGUUGCUGCUGCUGGUGAGGAAGGUUUAACUGGUGAUGAAGGUUUAACUGGGGAGGGUACAAGUGGUGGAGGUAGGAGUAAUGAAGAGUCACCCAUUAUCGUUGCAAGUGGUGCAGCUGUAGCAAGGGCUGAACCUGUUGCUGCCGGUGCUGAUGUGGAUUUUUUCACAUCGGAAAAGGGACAAGACAGCAGCAGCAGCAAUGUUGUCGCGCCACCUGGCGUGCUCCCAUUGGUGCCCAAGGAACAGCCAAGUCUGUUGACGUACUCCAGGAAAAAGGCAGGGGUUGGUUCAACUGCAAGUCAAGAAGGGGUUGGUGCUGAUGCGAGAUUGGCAGGGGGAGAUGCAGGGGUGAGAACAGGAGGGGGCAGUGCACCUGCAGCAGCAAUUGGGACAGGCGCACCUGGGACAGGUGUAUCUGCAACAGUGGGGAAAACAGGUGUGCCUGCAGCAGCAGGAAUGGCAGGUGCAACGGCAGCUGCGGGUGUAGCCAGGGGAGGUGUAUCUGGUGCAGGAGGGGCAGGAGGCGUACGUAGGGCAGGUGUAUCUGCCUCUGCAGCCCAGAUCGUUCGCAGUCCAUUGGCAGCGCGGAGAGGAGGGAUGGUUGUGGGGGGUGCUGGUGGUGCUGGUGGUGCUGCUGGUGGUGGUGGUAGUGCUGCUGCUGCUGCUGCUGCUGCUGCUGCAGGUACUCCUGCCUCUGCUACUGCUUCGCCGGCGGCAGGUGCAUUCAAGAUGCCUGCACUCCCUGCUGCUAGCAAAAGGUUCACAUAUACUGCUGCUACAGCCGGGAAGCUUACAUCUGUAGCCGCUACAGCUGGGAGAUCCACGACUGCUCCUGUAGUAGCCACAACUGGAAAGACUAUAUCUGUAAACACCAUUGCUGGGAAGUCCACGAUGGUAGCACCUGCGACAGCAGGGAAGGUCACUGUAGCGGCUGCUACAGCCGAGCAUACAGGCAUAUCCCUGGCUCGCCCUAAGCUGGUUGUUAGGCGGCUUGUGCCUGGCAAGGCCAGUAAAGGCGCUGCUGCUGCUGCUGGUGCUUCUGGUGCUGCAGUUGCUGCUGGUGCUGGUGCUGGUGGUGCUUCUGGUGCUGCGGCUGCUGCUAGUGCUGGUGCUGGUGCUGCGGCUGGUGCUGCUGGCGCGUCUAAGGCUGCUACUGCUAGUUCUGCCCCUGCAGACGAGAAUCCAUCGCCUCUCCCCUUGACUCCAGAGAAGGCGCCAUCUCUUCCCCCCUCAACCCCCAAAAAGGCCUCCCCCUUCACCACUGUGACCUCUUUGGCCUUUGUCUCCCGCCGCUCCACUGCCGCAUCCAUUGCUGCGUCUGUUGGUGCAGCGGCUUUUAACCGAAGGUUCGUGGCACAGCAGCUCUACACUCGCUCCUCCUCCGGCUUCUCGCUUCGGCGUUCAGGUGUGCGGGCUGCACGCGGGACAAACAGCUUGCAGUGGAGCAAGGAGAAGCAGGAGCAGGAGAAGAAAGCAAGAGAGGACGCCACUAGGGCAGCAGCAGAAGCGUCCAAGAGGCAGCGGCAGCGCGACGAGGCAGUGGAGAAAGCAAAGAAGGCGAUAGCAAGGAGCCAGGCGGAGCAACGGGCAAAGAGACGGGCGGAGAGAGAGAAAGUGCGGGCAGAGAGCACGAAGAUUAAAGCUGCCCGGAUAGCUGCCAGGGUGGCGGCUAAGAAAGCUGGUGCUGCUAUUCUUGCAGCGAGAAGGCAGCAGACCACGGUUUUUCAAGGGUCCUCUGUGUACCGCCUGGCAGCCAAGGGGCGCUCCCUUGUGCGCCUCAGCAUAGGCGGGUCAGCCAAGGACAAGUCGCCACGUGGCAAGGCACACCUGCCCGCUCCUCUCACGGCUGCUCUUGCUGCCAGCAGUUAUCGGCGUGUGGGCAGCCGAGGAAACAAGCUGGUGCGGGAUGCCAAGGCCGCCAUGCGAACUGCUGCAGGGGCUCGAGUCCGCUACAGCCUUCAAAACGCACGCUACAGGCGGCAAAAGCAGCAGCAGCAGCUGUGCCAGUACUUCACGCGGCUGGGGCAGUGCAACAAGAAAGACUGCCGGUUUCUGCACGACCCGAGCAAAGUGGCGCUGUGUGUGCGGUUUAUAAGGGGGAUGGAGUGCGACGAAUCCAGAUGCAAGUUAACGCACAAGAUCAUUCCAGAGCGCAUGCCUGACUGCACUUUCUUUGCCAAGGGCACUUGCACCAACAAGCAUUGCUUGUAUCGCCAUGUGAAGCUACCAGCUGGUAUCCCCGUCUGCUCUGCCUUCCUUAAAGGUUACUGCGAGAAGGGGCCCGCAUGCACGCAGCAGCACACCUACGAGUGUCCCGAGUAUGCUUUUAAAGGGGAUUGCGCUGCUGGCAAGAGCUGCAGGCUGUGGCACCGUAGGAAGGCAGAAGAGGGGAGUGCGAAGGAGGGGUUGAGGAAGAGGAAGAAACGGUACUGGGAAGAGGAGGAGGACGAGGAGGAGGAGGAGGAGGAGGAGGAGUGGGGGGAGGAGGAGAGGGGAGGCAAGAAGAAAAGGGCAAGGCGGGAGAGGGAGGAGAGUGAGGGGAGGAGCAGGAGGAAGAAGGACGGAAAGAAAAAGAAGGGCGGGAAGGGCAGAGGCAGGAACGUUCUGAAGUUCUUUGGAGGGGAUAGUGAGGAGGAGAGUGAGAAGGAGAGUGAGGAGGUGAAAGAAGGGGAAAGGGAGGAGGAGAGUGAGGGGGAGAGUGAGAAGGAAAAAGAAGUGGAAAGUGGGGAGAGUGAGGAGAGUGAGAAGGAGAGUGAGAGGGAGAGUGACGAGGAUUAUGAGGUGGAGAGUGAGGAGGAAGGGGAGGAUGGGAGCGAGGAGGAGAGAGAGGAGGGGAGUGAGGAGGAUAGAGAAGAGAGCGAGGAGGAAGAAGAGAAGAGGAAGGGUGGGAAGCGCAAAGGGAAGAAUAUUCUAAAGCUCUUUAAUGGGGAUAGUGAGGAGGAGGGUGGAGAGGAGAGAGAAGAGGAGGAUGAGGAGAGAGAGGAGGAGGAAAGGGAAGAAGAGGGCGAGGAGGAAGUAAAGAAAAGAAAGGUUGGGAAGCGCAGAGGGAAAGGUGUUCUGAAGCUCUUUAAUGGGGAUAGUGAGGAGGAGAGCGGGGAGGAGAGAGAAGAGAAGCAUGAGGAGGGGCAAGAGGAGAAUGAGGAGGAGAGAGAAGAGGAGAAUGGGGAGGAGAGAGAAAAGAAGAAUGGGGAGGAGCAAGAAGAGGCGGUUGAGGAGGAAGAAAAGAAGAGAAAGGGUGGUAAGCGCCGAGGGAAAAGUAUUCUGAAGUUAGUUAAGGGGGAUAGUGAGGAGGAGAGUGAAGAGGAGAGGGAAGAAGAGGAUGAGGAGGAAAGAGAAGCUAGUGUGGUGGACGGAGACAAGGAGAGUGUGGAGGAGAGAGGAGCGAGUGAGGUGGAGGGGAAGCAGGAGGAGUGUGAGGGGCAGGGAGAGAAGGAGAGAGAGGAAAGAGAAGAGAUUGGGGAGGAGGGGGAAGAGGAGGGGGAAGAGGAGGGGGAAGUGGGGAGGGAAGAGGGGAGGGGUGGAGAGGGGAAGAAGGGAAGAAGGAAUAAAGGGAAGGGUGUAGUGGUGGAGAGGAGGGGUGAGGAGAGUGAGGAGGAAAGGAAAGAGGAGACGGAUGGAGUGGAAGAGAAGGGAAGAGAGGGUAAAAAAACGAAGAAAGGAAAGAAGGCGCAGAGGAGAGGUGAUGAGAGCGAGGAGAACAGGUUGGAGGAAGAGGAAAGGGAGGCGGGAAGGGAGGAGGAAGUGGAAAGGAGGGAGGGUAGGGAGGAGGAGUCAGAAGAGGGAUGGAAGAUGGGAAGAAGAAGGCUUAAAGGGGCGAAGAAAGGAAAGAAGGUGCAGAGGAGAGGUGAGGAGAGCAAAGAAGAUGAUAGGGAGGAGGAGACAGGUGGGAAGAGAGGGAAGAAGAAACAAAGGAAUGACGGGUGGAAGAAAGGGAGAAAGGUGAAGAGGGGAGGAGAGCAGAGUGAGGAGGAGAGUGAGGAGGAAAGGGAAGAGGAAAGAGAGGAGGAUGUGCAGGAGGAGGAAGAGGAGGAGGAAAGGGAGGAGGAAGAGGAGGAGGAAGAGGAGGAGGAAAGGGAGGAGGAAAAGGAGGAGACUGGUGGAAAGGGGGGGACGAAGGGGAGAGGAUUUAUUGGGGCGACGACAGGAAAAAGGGUUAAGAGGAGAGGCGAGGAGAGUGAGGAGGAAAGGGAGAAGGAAAGGGAGGAGGGGAGGGAGGAUGAAAGGGAGGAGGAAAGGGAGGAGGGGACAGGAGAGGGAAGGAAGACGGGAAGAAGAGUUAAAGGGGCGAAGAAAGGGAGAAAAGUGAAGAGGGGUGAGGAGAUUGAGGAGGACAAGGGGGGGAGAACGGGGGAGGAGACGGGAGGAGAGGGAGGAAAGAAGGGACGGAAUAAAGAGAUGACGAGAGGAAAGAAGGUGAAGAGGAGUGAGGAGAGAGAGGAGAGAGAGGAGGAUAGGGAGGAGGAUAGGGAGGAGGAUAGGGAGGAGGAGACGUGGGGAGAGGGAGGGAAGAAGGGAAGAAGGAAUAAAAGGAUGAAGGAAGGAGAGAAGGUGACGAGGAGAGGUGAGGAGGGUGAGGAGGGUGAGGGGGAAAGGGAGGGGACGAAAGGUAGAGAGGAGAGGAAGAAAGGAAGUAGGGAUACUCGAGUGAAGAAUGGAAAGAAAGUCAAGAGUAGGGGAGAGGAGGAGGAAAGGGACGAAGGGACAGAGGUGGUGGGUAGCUUGGGGUUGGAAGAGAUACAAGAGCCACAAGAGAGCGACGAGAGGAGAACUGUGGAGAAGAGGGAAGAGAAGAAGAGAAAAAAGAAGAGGAAAGAGGAAAGGAGAAAGGCGGAGAAGAGAAAAGAGGAGGAGACACAAGAGGAAGGGGCCAAGGGAGACGAGCAAGAGGGGAUGGAGGAGAAUGGAGACAUGGAGGGGGAUACGGCGGAGAUAGCUUGUUGGGAAGUAACGUUGGCACCAAAGAGUGGGGGUAAGAAGACGAAGAAGAAGAAGGCUGCUGCGGCUGCUGCUGCUGCUGCUGCCGCUGCUGCUGCUGCUGCUGCCGCUGCUGCUGCCGCUGCUGCUGCUGCUGAGGCAGAAGCGCCACAGAAGAGCAAGGGUAAGAAAAAGAGGAAAAUGGUCGCUGAACCUGAAGUUCCAGAUUCUGCUGCUGCUGCUGCUGCUGCUGUUGGUGAUGCAGAAGCGGCCUUGACACCACGGAAGAGCAAGGGUAAGAAGAGGAGGAAAGUGGUCGCUGAACCUGAAAUUCCAGAUUCUCCUGCUGCUGCUGCUUCUCCAGGCCCCUCUGUUGUUGAACCGGCUCAAGCAUUAAAAAGCAAGGGUAAGAAGAAGAAGAAGACGACGUCUGCUGCUGAGAAUGAGUGUCCUGAUUCUGCUGCUUCUGUUGCCCUGAGCCGCUCAGAUGCAGAAGCAGCCUCGGCACAGAAGAGCAAGGGUAAGAAGAAGAAGAGGAAAGCCGCUGCUGCUGCUGAGUCCGAAAUCGCAAGUUCUUCUGCUGCGGUUGCGCCUGUCUCUGACGCUGACCUGCCUACCUCGGCUGCAUCAAAGAGCAAGGGUAAGAAAAGGAAGGAGGUACCUGUGGAGGCUGAGGUUCCGAGUGCUGCUGCUGUUGCUGCUGCUGCGCCUGCCUCUGAUGCCAAUAUGCCUCCCUCGGCUGCACCAAAGAGCAAGGGUAAGAAGAGGAAGAAGGUUGCUGAGCCUGUGAUUCCGGGUGCUGCUGCUGCUGCUGUUGCUGCUGCUGCUGCUGUCGCUCCAAGCUUUGAUUCUGAAAGUCCAGGGGGAGAGGAGAAGGCAGAAAAGGACAGGAGAAAGAAGAGGAGGAAAAUAGCUGCUGAGCCUGAACUUCCAAAUUCCGCUGCCGAGCCUGAUCACUCAGAUUUUCCUGCCGAGCCUGAACACCCUGAUCCUGCUGCCGAGCCUGAACUCCCAGACCUUCCUGCCGAGCCUGAACUCCCAGAUUCGGCUGCCGAGCCUGACCUCCCAGAUUUGGCUGCCGAGCCUGACCUCCCAGAUUUGGCUGCCGAGCCUGGCCUCCCAGAUUCUGCUGCUGCUGCGGCCCUUCCAGUGGCUUCCGUCCCCCCUGUUUCUUCGUUGCAGCAAGGAACAGCUGCUGCACAGAGUGGGGGCCAGCAAGGCACAGCUGCUGCAGAGAGUGGGGAGCAGCAAGGCACAGCUGCUGCACAGAGUGGGGAGCAGCAAGGCACAGCUGCUGCAGAGAGUGGAAAGGAGGCACAACAUGCCGUUCCAGAGAGUGGAAAAGAGGCACAACAUGCCGUUCCAGAGAAGAGUGGAAAAGAGGCACAACAUGCCGUUCCAGAGAGUGGAAAAGAGGCACAACAUGCCGUUCCAGAGAGUGGAAAAGAGGCACAACAUGCCGUUCAAGAGAGUGGAAAAGAGGCACAACAUGCCGUUCCAGAGAGUGGAAAAGAGGCACAACAUGCCGUUCCAGAGAGUGGGGGGCAGCAGGGCACCACUGGAGCAGAGGAUACGGGGCUGCCAGUCAAAGCAGCCUCAGAGGGCGAAGGGCUGCCGGACAGCUUUGAUGUGCGAACUGGGCAGCAGCCGGACAUCGCAGCUACACAGGCCGGGCAGCAGAAAGUCGGUGCAGGUGCAGAGGGCGGGGAGCAGAUAGUCAUUGCAGCUGCAGAGGGCGGGGAGCAGCAGAGAAGCAGUGCUGCACGGAGUGAGGAGCAGCAAGGGCAGGAGAGGAUUGCUUCAGGAAGCACAGAGCAGCAGCAGCAGCCAACCCCCCUCCUGCAGAAUGGACUGCCCGUGCAGCAGAUCGAGCAGCAGCAGCAGCAGCAGCAGCGGCAGCAGCAGCAGCAGCAGCAGCAGCAGCAGCAGCAGCAGCAGCAGCAGAGCGGGCAGCAGCAGCGGCAGCAGCAAGGCUCCGUUGGUGCGCAGAGCACACAGCAGUGUGGGGGCAAUCAGGGGAGCACCACUGCACAGAUCGCAUGGCCAAAGAAGAAGUCGUUCCUAGACUUUGUGAGAAGGCUCAAGGUGUCACAUGUCGAGCCGGCAGAGCCUGGAAUCAGACAGGAUGGUGGGGGAAAGGAUGGGGAGGGGGGAGGAGAGAGGAAGGACGGGGAUUGGGGAAAGGGGGAGAGAGAGGAUGGGAAGGGAGGGGAUGGCAGCGGUGGGAUGGUCAAGGAAGGGAAUGUGGUAGAAGUAACCGUGGGUGGCGGAUUUGGAGAAGGUAAACAUGGGGGAGGUCGACUUGUGGCAGGUACAUCUGGGGGAAUCGCCAGUGUGCUGCUAGCCACACAGCCUUGGUCAGUUGAAGGCACUUCUGGGGAAGGCAGGCUCGGAGAAGCCAGGCUCGGGGAAGGCAGGCUGGGGGGCGGUAGACCUGGGGAAGGCAGGCCUGGGCAACAUAUCGGUAGUUGGACCACAAAACCCCGUGUUGCCGGCCGCUAUUUUGUCGAAGCAGGGGAUGAUGAUGAUGAUCCGCAGGGGGGCGGCAGGUAUGCGAGCACAAUCGUGGAUGGGGUGGAUAUCUCCAACCUGUCCAAAAGGGAGCGCAAGAGAUGGAGGCAAAACGCAAGGCGGAGAGAGACGAGGCGCCUGGAACAGAUGGCUCAGGCUGCUGCUGCUGCUGCUGCUGCUGCAUGCGGCGCUUCCUUGGGAGCAGGCGGGGCAACCCCUCCUGCUGCUGCUCAGGCAGUAGACGGGGCGUUUCCGAGUGGGGAAAAGGAAAAGGAGCAGCCGCAGCCGCAGCAGCAGCAGCAGCAGCCGCACGGGGCGCCCCCUGCUUCUCUUGCCACGGACGAGGCAUCAUCGCGCAAUGUACCUCCUGCUGCUGCUUCUCCGGCAGCAAAUGGGGCGUUAGCAACUGCCCCUGAUGCUGCUGCUGCGUUCGGAACACUUCGAAACAUCCCUCCUGCUGCUUUUGGACCUUCUCCCUCUGUCUCACCCGCUGCUUCUUUCGGACCACCUCAAGAUGUCCCCGCCCGUCCUCCUCCUGCGUCUGGGGCAUCUCUCACUGCUCCUGCACCUCCUACUGUAGAGGACUCAACGAAUGGGUCUGUGUCUGUUGCAGCAGCGCAAAGCGCCUCCUCUAGGCCGUCUCUCACUGCCCCCCCUCCUGCUUCUGUGCCUAUAGGGGCUGCUGAGAGCGCUCCCCAGCACGUCCCUGUAGCUCCCCAGUACAAUCCUCCUGCUACAUCUCCGCAUGUCUCUGUGCCUAAAGCAGCCGCUCGGUUCGGUGCAUUCCGUCACGUUUCUCAGUUCCAUCGUUUUGGGGCGUCUUACCCUGCCUCUCGCCCCAACCCUUUCGGGGCAUCGCACCCUGCUCCUCUGCCCAGUCCUUUUGGUUCGUCUCGACCUGGCACUGUGCCUAGAGUUCCUGCCGCCCUGGCUGUGCCACCUGCUGCUCCAGUGCUGAAGCUGUUUUUCGACGAGGGUGACGAGGAGGAGGACAAGGAGGAGGACGAGGAGGAGUAGGGGUAGUGGUUGCGAUGGCAACUGUGGCAGUGCAGCGGCAGCAGUAGCAGUGCUUGCCGCUCUGUGCCUGUUGCUCCUGUGCUGAAGCUGUUCUUCGACGAGGAUGAUGUGGAGGAGGGCGAGGAGUAGUGGUAGGGGUAGGCUGUUGUGGCAGUAGUAGCACUGCAGCGGCAGCAGUAGUAGUGCUUGCCGCUCUGCGCCUGUUGCUCCUGUGCUGAAACUGUUCUUCGAUGAGGGUGAUGCGGAGGAGGGCGAGGAGUAGUGGCACUAUGUUUUGCCAUGCAGCAGAAGCAGCAGCAGCAGUGGCUUCAGUGGCAGCAGCAGUAGCAGCAGUGGCUUCAGCGGCAGCAGUGGCUGCAGUGGCAGUGCCUGCCGCUCUGCCCAAAGCUGCUGUGCCUGCUGCUCUGCCCAAAGCUGCUGUGCCUGCUGCUCUGCCCAAAGUUGCUGUGCCUGCUGCUCCUGUGCUGAAGGUGUUUUUUGACGAGGGUGACGAGGCAACGGCAGUAGGAAGUCUAUGAGGCGAUGACAGAGGACAGGGUGUUCUCAAACAGAUAAAAUCUUAUUCCAACAUUUCCGUGUGGCGCCCGCAUUGGGUUUGCUAGGUAGUUUUAGUUUUCCUCACCAGUCAGAAAGAGAUUGACAUUAAACGAUCAUAUUAGAUUGUUACUGUUACCUGAAACGCAAUUUCGAUAUACC